GCUCACAUAUAUACAUCAUAUAUGUAGAGAUUCAAAAUGCUAUAAUAUAUACUGGGUGUGCGUUCAAAUACAUCCUUCUUAUUUUCCGGACCACGCCGUAGGUGGUGCAAUAUUGAGGGGUGGAAGGUGGCGCCGACCGCACCCCGAAGUCGCGACGACAGUCUUCCAGCGUGGCUCAACAAGUACACGCGGUACUCGAACAACGAUUCAAAUUGUUAAAGAUCCCUUAAUAAAAUAUAAGUUGCUUCGUAUAAUGAGAUCUAAAGUAACGGGUGAAAGUAAUUGGGAAGCAAAGUGGACUCGACAAGGAGUACAAGAUAGUGGUACAGUACAUCGACCAUCAAGAAAAACAGAAAAAUUUAAAUUAUCAAAGUCUCCACGAGCGUCUACGUCUAAAGAAAGGACACUUCGUAGAUUAGAAAGUAAUGAAAGAGAAAGAAUGAGAAUGCAUAGUUUGAAUGAUGCGUUCCAGUCUCUACGUGAAGUAAUUCCACAUGUUACUAAGGAAAGACGUCUUUCAAAAAUAGAAACUCUCACAUUGGCUAAAAAUUAUAUAGUUGCUCUUACUGAUAUAAUAUGUGCAAUAAGAAAUGACGAAACCACAACAAAUCAAAAAGUUGAAAUUUCGGAACCCCGAGAACCACAGUGUAACAAAAACAUUUGUAUGGAUAUAAAUACACCAGCUUCAUCAAGAUCUUGCAGUCCAGAAGUUUAAAGCUUUUGUUAAAAGAAAGCAAAUUUUAAUGGAUUAGAAUGGAAAAAUAAUGAAACCAAAGCUACAAGUCUGUGAAAUAUUAACAAUGUAGAUUUAAAGUGAAUGUCAAACUUCCAAAAAUCAUUUUGCAUAAUCAUAUUUAUAUUCUUGUCAAGAUGACAAUGACAUCUUGACAUAAAAAACUAGUCCUGAUAUUUGCAUAAAAGAUACUCAUUUACUUGUUUUAAAUUAGCUAACUUGAUAUAGAUAUUGACAAAAAUAAUAUUUACAUUCCUCAUAUCUAUCAGUAUUAUCUUUUGCAAUCUUAGUAUCAUUAUUUAUUACAUGCUCAUUAUUACAUAGUGUAACAUAUACUGAAAUAGUACAAAGCACUUAGCAUUUGUCUGUUAAUAAAUAAAGUAAAUCAAGAUAUUACAAAACUAGAGAUAUCUGUGUUUCUGCUAGAAUGUAUAGAUGUUUAAUAUAUAAAUUUAUUCUUGCAUGAAAAUAUUAUAGAUCUGCUUGCUAUAUAACAUUAUUAAAUUCAUAACUUAUUUUUAAAUGUAAUAUAUUUAUAUCAUAUAAUCUAUUUUGUGAAAAAUAAAAACUAUGUAGUUGAAAUAUAUACAGGAUUCGGCGUUCGUUACCAAUUAAAAAUGCUGUAGUUUUGUCAAUUAUGAAUCUUUUUAUUUAAUAUUUUAAAACAAUGUAGAAAACACAUUAGAUUUCAUGAUAGUGAUGUCACUGUUCGAUAUGGUUACUUCUGAUGCGGAUGAUGGCAUCAAGUCUUCCAAUAAAAUCAUUGCACGCUGCACGAAUGAGAUUCUGUGGAAUUCAUUUUCAUUUCCGACGAAGCGCUGAUUUCUAUGUUUCCACACUUUCAUAUUCUGUUGUAGCCUCCAAAUUGGAUCAUAUGGAGAAGUCCAUCGGAUAUAAGUCUAGCGAGUAUGGAAACCACUGCUGCAAAGAAAUGAAAUGUGGAAUAUGAUUUUUUAAAAAUUGUUGUAUCGAACGAGCUUUAUGGAACGGUGUCGAGUUCUAUAGGAAUGUCCAGCGGUUUGCAUCGAAUUGUUCGUGUGUCCAAGGAAUCAAUGCAUCAUUUAACACCUUUCGUUGGUACAAUUGCUGUAACAGCAGCCCACACCAUCACAGAACUAGGCACUUGUUUCCUCAUAGCAACUUACUGUUUAAAAUGUCGCUGAAUUUGCCCUUUAACUACACACGGUUAUUUUGUUUGUUAAUGUAUUGUUAAAUUUUUUCUUUUAUAAAAAUUUUUUCAUCAGAAAACACCAAAUUUACGAAGUCGGUGUUUGCGAACAAGGUUUUCAGUGCUUUUAAUCAUUGAAAACAAACAGCCUUUUGUACUAGGGUUAAAUCCUGUACUUUUUGUAUCUUGUAAGGAUUCAUCUUAACCCUUUCGCUACUAACGGUGACUUAAGUCACCCAACGCCUGACGCUCACUAUGUACGAACGGUGACUUAAGUUACCCAUGAACUUUCAUGAGCAGAGUAUAUAUGUUAUCUCCAUGGUUAUCCAUCGCAAGCAUUUUGCACUUGUUUUACGCUAUAAAAUUUCAGACUGAUAAAAUGAACAGCAGUAUAAAAAUAACAUUUCGGCAGCACGCUUGUUUAGGCUCGCUCACACUUUCGAAAUAUUUGCACGGUAUGUGGUUUAAUUUUUUCGUAUUCUUUAUAUCAUUGCAUUUUAUAUUUUUCGUUUAUUUUUCACACCUCAAAGUCAAUGAAUACGAAUUACAAAAGGAGGAGAGAAAACUGCUACUCCAUCGAAAACGAGAGCAAUGAGAUGUACGAUAAAUUACCGGAUUCCGAUAGCUAUACUGCAAUAAAUAAUAUUUGUACUAGAAAGAAGGCAAUCAAUAUUCGUCGGAGAAAUGUACUUAGCACGUCAGAAUCAGAAGAUGAUUACAUCGAAGAUGCUUUGCCAUCAACUACUUUUAAUAAUAUCCAAUGGGCUAUGGAGAAUGUUGAAUUAACAUUUCACAAUUUUAAUACUUCCAAUUCUGGACUUCAGACAGAAGAGAAAUUUCUCCUUUGCAAUAUUAGAUUAUUUUCAAUUAUUUUUUUCACAUGAUCUUGUGGAUUUUAUUGUGGAUAAGACAAAUAACUAUUGGGCACGUACAGUAAAUGAUGACAUGCCUAACAUCAAAAUUGGUCGACGAAGCUGUCGACGAGCUGUACUGUUUUCUCGCAUGUACGCUACUAAUGUUGAGAAACAAAAAAUUACGGCUUAGCGAGUAUUGGUCUAGAGAUAAACUUUCAAAAACUGAUAUUUUUAGCAAAAUUAUGUGCAGAGAUAGAUACUUAGUUUUAUUAAAAAUGUUGCAUUUUGUUGAUAAUAAUCAAGUCUUCUAAUCGUUUGCAAAAAAUUAGCAGUGUUUCAAGCAGACUUCAAAAAUCGUUUAAAAACUCAUUUCAUCCUUUUCAAAAUUUAUGCAUAAAAAGUCUUUUACUGUAUAAGGGCAGACUAUCUUUUAAUAUAUCGGCCAAAAGAAGCUGAUUUGGCAUUAAAACGUACGUAUUAUGUGGCUGUAAAACGGACUACGUACUAGAUACAAUCGUAUAUACAGGUAGUGAUUUACAUGUAACAGAGAACACGGAAGAAAUUGGCAAAAGAGGAAAUAUCAUUUUGACACUUUUGAAACCUUACUUGGGGAAAAGUCAUUCAUUGUAUGUCGAUAAUUAUUAUAGAAGUCCUGCUCUUUUUAAUUUAUUAGAUACAAAUGUAACAAAUGCUUGUGGGACUGUAAAGCCAAGGCGAAAAAGAAUGCCUAUAAUAGACAGAGAAUUAAAAAAAGGCGAGAUUGAUUUUCGGACAUCGAGUAAUUUGCUGGCCCUUAAAUGGCGUGAUAAAAAGGAUGUUUUCUUUCCAUACUAGCGAAUUUAUAUGUACAGGAAAGAGAAAUUAUAACACUCAAGAAUUUAUACGUAAACUCAAAUGUAUAGUCGAUUAUAAUUCGUCAAUGGACGCUGUCGACAAAUGUGAUAUGGUUAUUAGUUCCAUUAAAUCUAUCAGAAAAUUUAUAAAAUAAUACAAUAAGUACUUUUUUCAUUUGUUAGAUAUUGCCGUUUGGAAUUCUUAUUGUUUAUAUAAAUACAAAACAGGAAAAGAUAUUUCUGUAGCUGCUUUUCAUCUUAAAUUAAUACGACAAAUUUUACGAAAAUACCAUAAAGACGACUUUAGACAAAGCGCUCCUAGAUCUGCGGAUAAAAAUCCUUUUAGGCUUACUGGUAGACACUUCCCAGCGAUUUACACUAGUGAAAACAAAACGAAAAAGUGGAUUGAGAAAGUGUAUUGUUUGUACUAAGAAUGGUAUCCAACGAAAGAUGACACCAGACCAAUGUAAGACAUGUGAGGUAAGACUUUGUGUAUAUCUGUGCUUUCAAACUUUCCAUACGAAAUUACAUUAUUAAAUUAUAUUUUCUAAUUGCAUUAUGCGAUAAUUUUUUAACCCUUUCCUUUCUACGAGCGAUUACACUCUCUCUGCGUAAGAUGCCGCGGUAUUGAACGUAUGACGGGCGAUUGUUGUUGUUGUUCCGCAAGUGCACACUUUUAGCGCGCCGGCUCGUUCAGCAGGUGUAGCGCGCCGGAGAAUGCGUCCGUAGCGAAAAGAUUAAGUUCAUUAUUCAGUAUCUGUCGUAUACUUCUGUCGGACAUGUUCAGAUCUUUAGCCAAUUUUAUUGCGCUCUGACGUGAAUUUCUUUGAAUUCAAGACUUCAGCUUUCGAACCAUUUCUGAUGAUGUUGCUGUUUUUCUCCAUGGCAUUUUGCGAUGCUAUCAAUAUUACUGUAACGCUUUAUAUAGUAUAGCUAAAUAUACAAAUAUUUUCAUACGUAAAUGCUGGAACUCACGAACAAUAGCUGGUUAUGAUUUUUCGACUAAAUAUAAAGCAAUAAUACUAUUACGUUUAAAUUUCAUUUGAAAUAAUUAUUUUUAAUUACGACGUAGAACGAUAUGCUUUCGUAAGCUAGUAAACAACAAACUAAUGAAAAUACGAAGAGAUAAAUAUAUGAAUGAUGGAAAGAGAAACUGUGGCCGUAUGGAGAGGGUAUCCCCACCAUAAAGAAUUUAUAAUAGCGGAUGUAUAACUGUGAUUCGUAUAACUUGUACAAGUAAAUUCUUUAACAUGACUGACGGUAAAAACGAUAAAAUCAAAGUAGAUCUGGGAUUACUUGAAGAAGAUGAUGAAUUCGAAGAAUUCCCAG